UAGCUUUUGUUCUGAUAGUGGAAAAUUAUUGGACGAAUGGUAGGGAAAUGAGAUUGGAAUUCGUGAAAUCGCAACUUAUUAAAACCGCAGAGGCUGCCUUCGGUGAUCUCAUUAAGUCAUUCUGGGAAAACCCUCAAAGGUGUAACAUAGUUGAGUUUGAUAAAAAGUUGGAUACUUUCACAGGAACGUUAUCUGUUUUAAUCGCUCAGCAGCGGGAAGCAUUUAUAGUAGCUAGGCAGCGGGGGGGAUUGAGGCUGCAGGACAAAGUAGCACAAGGGGCUCACACGGAUGGUCAUCAGGUUGUCUAGACAAGUGGCGGCAAGGGGUGGGAUGUACAACAUCAGCAAUAACAACAAUAACAACGGUAAAGCACGCCACACACCCACAGUAAUAAACAAUGAGUGCUCUUCAGCUCUUGUAACCACCAUGAACUCAUGAAGG